CUUGGGAUCUUGGGUGGUGUCCUGCACUUCGAUCAACAUUCCACUUACACACCUUAUCUUAUACAUCUAAAUAUAACCCACCCAACGUCAUUAUUCCACUUUACAUAUUCAAAAGCCAACCAUUCCAUUCCGUCUACUACUCUUAUAUAUUGAAUAUUGAAACACAUCCCCAACAAAUCUAUCGCGAUGGAUUUCGCUCCCUACCAAUCCUCCCCGCCCGAACACAGCCGACCCUUCUCCCCGCCUCGGUCCAACGCCGCGUCGCCGCGCGCUUCCUUCGAUAAUCGUCGGCCUUUCUCUCCUUCGCAGCAGCAGCAGCAGCGCGGCUUUACGUCCCCGCCGCCUUUACAACAUCCUCAACCUCAACGUUCGUGGCAGUCUUCGCUUCCCGGCGCCGGUGUCGGUAGCGGUUACGCGCCUGAGACCGGGGCGUAUGUCAGCGAGUUCGACACUAGCUUGGGCAUACGGUUGGAUUACGAAGCUUGUCUGGCGUAUCUUGCGCUGCCGCCUCUAGGCGCGAUAAUAUUGCUGAUAGUAGAGCGGAAGAGUGAUUUUGUUAGAUUCCACGCGUGGCAGUCCAGUUUACUAUUCACCGUCGUUUUCAUUGUACACCUAAUCUUCUCGUGGUCAACAUUCCUAAGCUGGGUCAUAUUCCUUGCGGAUCUCGGCCUGAUGGGAUGGCUAGCCCUACGCGCAUAUCGGGAUGCGGACACGUUAGAUCGAUUCGAAGUUCCCAUUUUCGGCCAAAUAGCGAGUCGAAUACUCGACGACGAGUAAAACGCCCGCGUUAAUACGCCUACGGUUAGAAAGAGUGCCGGGACCGAAUUAUUAAGCUGCAAGGCUUUAUUUCGCUGUAUCAUAUCGAUUAUUACUGCGGAUGAUGUACAUAUACCCAAGUGCCCUGAGCUGGCUCUGUUCUAAUACCAACUAAUAUCAUCUGCUUGACUUGGCCUUGACACGAUACUUGUCACGAUACUUGUUAGCGCCUAAAAUUAUCGUAUGUCGAAUACGUAUUCUAGAACUUUAGGGGCUACCCAGUCGUCUUGUAGGUUUAAUUGGCUGACUUGGUAUCAGGAAUAUUGCUAGAAAUUCUAAUAGUCGUUAAUAUGAUACCGAGUCUAAUAACGGGUCAACCCAGUGUCUGUGUUGGAACAAGCCAUUCUCGGUAUUUUCCCAGUCGAGAUCCAUCCUGUCUUGCGUGUCUUGAACUUUACAUAUCAUAAAC